GUGCGCGUUGGUUCCGUAUAUUGGUCUUCUGCAUUGCUCCCCAAGUACUGUACUACAGUACAUUGGUCUGCUGCACUGCUCCCGCGUCUCCUACUGCGCUUCCACCUCCGCCGCCGCCCCUCCCCCACACACAGCACACAGCAUGGCCGCAGACCCCGUGACGCUCGAGGCGCUGCCCGAGCUGCUCAAGGACGAUGUCGCGGUCAAGGUGGCGGGCAUCGACGUCGACGGGAUGCUGCGCGGCAAGCUGAUGGCCAAGAAGAAGUUCCUGUCCAUCGCGAAAGACGGCUUCGGCUUCUGCAGCGUCGUCUUCGGCUGGGACAUGCACGACCAGACGUACUUCCGCGAGCUGGGCGUGUCUAACAAGGAGAACGGCUACCGCGACCUGAUCGCCGUGCCGGACCUCAGCUCGUUCCGCCGCAUCCCGUGGGAGAACAACGUGCCGUUCUUCCUCGUGUCGUUCCACGACCCGGACACGCACGACUCGCUGUACGCGUGCCCGCGCAGCCUGCUCAAGCGCUCCGUCGACAAGCUGAAAGAGAAUGGCUACGGCGCCAUGGCCGGCGCCGAGUACGAGUUCUACCAGUUCCGCGCGCCGCAGACGCACGACGGCCCGGAGCGCAACUCCAGCGGCACCGCGACGUUCCUGCGCGAGAACCCCGUCAACGCCCUGCCCAGCCUGACCGAGGGCAUGUUCGGCUACAGCAUCACGCGCACCGUGCACAACCAGGACUACUUCUACGGCAUCUUCGACGCCUGCGAGCAGUUCAACUGCGGCAUCGAGGGCUGGCACACCGAGUCCGGCCCGGGCGUGUUUGAGGCGGCCCUCCAGUUCGGCGAGAUCAGCGCCAUGGCCGACAAGGCCUCGCUCUUCAAGCUCGUCGUCAAGUCGCUCGGCUCCAAGUACGGCAUCACCCCGUGCUUCAUGGCGAAGCCGCGCGAAGGCCUGCCCGGCAACAGCGGCCACAUGCACAUCUCGCUCGUCGACGACGCGGGGACCAACCUGUUCGCGCGCGCCGAGCCCGACCCGGCCGCGCCCUACGCCGACAUCCGCUUCCUGUCCGACCUGGGCCGCCACUUCCUCGCCGGCCUGAUCGACGGCCUGCCGGACAUCAUGCCCAUCCUCGCGCCCAACGUGAAUUCGUACAAGCGCCUAGUCGAGAACUUCUGGGCCCCCGUCACUGUCUCCUGGGGCCUCGAGCACCGCGCCGCGUCCAUCCGGCUCAUUGCCCCGCCCACCGCCAGCGCAAAGGCGACGCGCUUCGAGGUGCGCGUGCCCGGCGCAGACACAAAUCCGCACUUUGUGCUCGCGGCGAUCCUGGCGCUGGGCUGGCGCGGCAUCGAGAAGAAGAUGGAGAUUCCCAUUCCGCCGCUGGGCAAGGGCGAGGACGUGGGCGGCGCGGCGGACAAGGGCGAGCGGCUGGCCAAGAGCCUGAAGGAGGCGACGGACAAGUUUAUGCGCCCGGAGAGCGUGGCGCGGGAGGUGUUUGGGGAUGCGUUUGUGGACCACUUUGGCGGGACGCGGCAGCACGAGAUCCGGCUGUGGGACGAGGCCGUGACGGACUGGGAGGUGCGGCGGUACAUUGAGACCGUGUAGCGCGUUUUCUUAUAUCACGAUACCAAC